AUGUCCAAAAUCUACAUUGGAAGACUAAGUAAUGAUGCCAGAAGAGAGGAUAUUUUAAACAGAUUUUCAAAAUUUGGUAAAAUUGAUAAAUUAGAACUAAGAAAAGGUUUUUGUUUUGUUGAAUAUUUAGAUAAAAAUGCUGCUGAUGAUGCAAUUAAUAGCGAGAAUAAGCAAUUCUUUCUCGGAAGAGAUAUUGUUGUAGAGCUAAGUAAUAGUUCAAGAGGUAUUAAAAAAGAUAUUGGAUCAGGAAAAUGUUUUUUUUGUGAUGAAGAAGGACAUUGGGCUCGUAGUUGCCCAAAUAAAAAAGGUUCAAAUAGAUAUAGUCCAUAUGGUCAUCGUGAAAGAGAUAGAUCUAGAGACCUUUCUAGAGAUAGGGAUAGAUCAAGAGACAGAAGCAGAGAUAGAGAUAGAGACAGAGACAGAAGAAGAGAUAGAAGGGACAGGGAUCGUUCAAGGGAUAGAUAUAGAGAUAGAUCAAGAGACAGAAGGGACAGAGAUCGUUCAAGAGAUAGAUCAAGAGAUAGGGAUAGAAAUAGAUCAAGAGAUAGAAACAGAGAUCGUUCAAGAGAUAGAUCAAAAGACCGUUCUAGAGAUAGAUCUCACUCAAGAGGAAGCGAAAGAAGAGUAAGAAGAGAAAGAGAAAGAGAUAGAUCAAACUCUAGAGGUGAACGAAAGAGAGAAAGAGAAAGAAGUGCAAGUGGUGGUAGUAGAAAUAGAAGCGAAAGUAGAAAUAGGAGUGAAAGUAGAAGCAGAAGUCGUAGUAGAAGUAGAAGUGGUAGUAGAAAUAAUCUAGCCUCUCCUCUGAAUGGUAGUGAUAAUGCUAAUGGUACAAAUGGAAAUGGAAUGCCAAAUGGAAAAGGCAAUUAGUCUAAAUAAUAAUAAUAAUAAUAGUUAUAAUAUAGUAAUGGUAACAAUAGUAAUAAAUAGUUGAAGAAAACACUUAAAAAGAUUUAUUUUUACAAG